UGAAUAGAAAAGAAAAAGAAAAAAAAACAUUGUUUUUGUUUUGUUUUUUUUUUUCUAAUUUUCACGAACUUUCCCUCCCUCUUUCUGUUGUAUAUUGAGAAAACAAAAAUGGUUUUGCGGACGUUGCCGGUGACGGAUCCGACGACUCAGCUGAAGUUACCACCCGGAUUCCGGUUUUACCCGACCGAUGAGGAGCUUAUGGUGCGGUAUCUGUGCCCGAAAGUCGCCGGAAACGAUUUCGCCCUUCGGAUAAUCGGAGAUGUUAAUUUGUAUAAGUUUGAUCCAUGGGAGUUACCGAGUAAGGCGAUGUUUGGCGAGAAGGAAUGGUACUUUUUUAGCCCGAGGGAUCGAAAGUACCCAAACGGGUCUCGACCCAAUAGGGUUGCCGGGUCGGGUUACUGGAAGGCCACAGGAACUGAUAAGGUGAUCAUGUCGGAAGGACGCAAGGUCGGAAUUAAGAAGGCGUUGGUUUUCUAUGUUGGUAAAGCUCCGAAAGGAUCCAAAACUAACUGGAUCAUGCAUGAGUAUAGGUUAUCCGAAACUUCUAGAGACAACAAUAGUUCCCGGUUGGAUGAUUGGGUGCUUUGCCGAAUUUACAAGAAGAACUCAAGCGCUGAGAAAUCGAUUUCCGGUGGACCGAGCAUCGAACAGAGCCAAGGCUCUCCGACAUCAUCAUCGGCCCAUUUCGAUGGCGGGCUUGAUUCACUUCCCGCGAUCGACGACAGGUUUCUAAACUUUAACGAAGAAGAUCAAAAGGUGGACAUUCGAAAAUUCGAUACAGGGAACUUCGAUUGGGUGAGUCUAGGACCAUUCGGAGUACCGGAUACCGUAAACCACCCUAACCCGCCGAACUCGACUUCUCUUGAUCCGGCAUUGAACAUGCAGAUGAAGUUUGUUAAGUCGCCGGAAGAUGAAGUUCAAAAUGAAAUCAGAAGUCAAAGAAUGGAGAAUUCGGGUUAUUUAUUUACCCCGGAUACAACAGACCCGUUUGCUAUCCGGUACCCGACCCAACCGGGCAGCUCAGGUUAUAGGCAGUGAGAGGUGUUAAAUAAGUUGAGGGGGAUGAAUGUAAAUAGGUGAGAGCUCAGGGGUUGGUGUGUAUAUUUUAGAAGUUUGGCGGAAAAAUAGACAUGGUUGAGUUAGGUGCACAUGAACUCAAAAGUCAAAGAUGGAUGUAGAUAGGGUCAAAAGGUUUUUGGAUGGGUUGUGUGGUUUAAUGUGCAUAGAAGAGAAUACAAUCCUUUGGUGCUUGAUUAGUUUAUAGUUAUGGAAAUUUUGUUGGUUGAUUUUUAUAUAUAUUGUGAACUACUUGCGAUAAUCAUAAAAUAAAAUUAGAAAUGCGGGUUAAUAUAUUCGCUCAAGAUUCUAUAA